GAGCGGUCUAAAAAAUCUUACAAGUUCCAAGUUACAGCGGUAACUCCAACGAUCCUUUUUUUUUCUUCUCGUUGCGGUAGAUCCCAAAAUUCAAACUUUCACAGCGGUAAAACCCAUGAUUCCAUUUUUCUACAGCGGUUAAUUCCCAACUAUGAUCGAAAACUACAGCAAAGGGUACAAAAGGUAUUUCACUUUAUUUUCUUGCAUUUGAUUAGACAACGCAGAGAGGACAUAUCGUAUGCAAUGAUGUAAUGAAAUUUACAAUAAGAGGAAGCAGAAAUAUUGCUGUGACCAUUUCUCCAAGUAUUUUAAUGUUGUUGUCGUUAAAAACAAUCAAGCCUGCAAGGCUUCAACGGCGACGUUUUGUCACUUUGUUAUUCGUCGACUUCUCGAGCUCCCAGAUUCUUCAGCUAACCCAUCAUUAUAAAGCCACCGCCACCUCGUGCUCAGACGGUUUCAAUCAGAGACUGAAGCAAAAGCCGAUCAAUGGGUUUACGCGCGCAAAACGACGGCGUCCGGGGCAGGAGGAAAUCAUCGACGAGAGGCCACCACAGGUUCGUGGGCGUUCGACAGAGGCCAUCGGGGAGAUGGGUCGCCGAGAUUAAGGACUCUCUGCAAAAGGUGAGGCUUUGGCUCGGGACUUUCGACACAGCGGAGGACGCCGCUCGAGCCUACGACGACGCGGCUCGAGCGCUGCGCGGUGCGAACGCCCGAACCAACUUCGAAUUGCCCCAAUCGACCAAUGGGUCCGGCCAUGCCAAUGGCGGUGCCGGCGUGGCCGAAAAUGUGGAGCCUUUUUCGUUUGAGGCUGUGUGUGGAAAUGGGGCUGAAGCCGAUGGGUUGCUUGGCGCGCUCAGGGCUAAGCUGCUCGACGGCAAAGGGUGUGUGGUUCCGCAACCACGGGGGAAUAAUGGUGGUGCCAAGAUGGAGCCGUCUCCUAUUGGUCCACGUGGCGUGGUGGGUUUUGUGAACCCGAACCGGCAUCCUUCUUCAUCCUGGUCGGCGAAGGAGGAUCCGAUUGUGUUAGAUAUUAACGGUCAUGAUCAUCGGUGGGGUCAUCAUCAAGCUCAGCCUAGUCACACAGCAUCAAACCAGAGCAUAGCUUGGAGCAAUGAGUCUCCAGCAUUAGCAUAUGACCAAGUGCCCAAUUGGUCAACAUGGUCAACGCAAACUGAUUCAUUUACAGAGCAGUGCCCUAUGGAGCUGCCAUUGCAAAUCACAAGCCUUGCUGGGGAUGGUAAAGUGACAGCGGCGAGCACACAGCAGCUGUCACAGAUUGAUGGGUCAGCAAUUUUGGGGUCAUCAACUUCAGGUGCUUGGUCUUCAGACCAGCAGCAGUUUUUGCACUGUGACAACAAUUGGGCGGCAGGUGGUGCAAAUGCCUCUUGGGACCCACUCUUCUAUGCAUCCUCUGUUCUGGGGUGAUAGACAUAGAUGAGAUCAUAUCAUAUAAAAAUUAAUUAAAUUUUUUUUCUUUCUUUUAGGUGUUUUUAACAAUGCCUUUUUAACCUUACGAGCUAAGUCUUCUUUGCAGGCUAAUCAUUCUUUAAUGCGUGUGUGCCCCCAAUAAUAAAUUAUGUACCCUACUUCCCCUCUUUGUUUGUGUGUUGCAGUAGUGAGUGACAAUUAUGUAAAUGUAUUAAAUGGCUCUAGUUAAUCAGGUUUAACAUGUAUUGAUCCUUGGUUACCAGAACUCUACUUUCUUUUG